AUGGGUCGUGCCAGAACGACCUCCACCACGGCGAAACGCCCCGAGCACACCAACCUUGGAUCUGUGAAGGGUGUCUCAAAGUCAACUCCCGUUCUUCUCAAAUUGCAAAGCAUUGUGCCGAACCUCUCAGACCCGGAAAUAUCUUUGGCCGACGACCUAUACGAUCAACUUUCUAACGAGAUGCGCGGCCAGUUCUUAGGUCCUAUGCCAGUGGUGGAUAUGCUAUCCGAACAUUUGCCCUGCGAGGAGAAGCGCACAUGCGCUGAUAUCAAUAUACGCGUCACCGCCCACCACUUCGAUGCUCCCUUCCGCCCGGCUCUUGAGGACCUUAUCUGUAAAGCGAUCAACGGGUCCGGCGUUUUGAAGCACCUAUACUUCAUAGAUACUCAUAACACGGUCCUCCGUCUAUCGCAGGGCGUGCCGGAGGCUGCGGACCGCAAGGUCGACAUCUCGGCUGUUUAUCGCUCGUCUAGCGACGUCGACCCAUCGAAGAUCAUCCCCAGCUUUUCCAAUCUGCGCCUCGCAGUUGAGCUGAAGCUGGAGUCUCAGGACAUUGUGGUAGACCCCCGGGGCACUACGCCUGAAGAGCGCCAAACCGAAGGCUUUGAGCACCAGGUUCUGGCCGCUAUCCGCGCGCGUGGACAGCUGGCACACUACGCUCUUCAACACUUCCAGCAUCAAGAGCGAUCGCAUGUAUGGUCUCUUGUCUUCAUUGGUCUUGAGGCACGUCUGCUUCGGUUCGACCACAGCGGCGUUCUUGUCAGCGAGCGCUUUGACUGGACAACCGGGUCCACGCUCACCGAGAUCCUGUGGCGGCUGGACCGCUCCUUCGAUUGCGACGCUGGCCUCGACGAAGGUGUCGACACGUCUGUUGUUCCCCUGCAGAAGGACGACUCCGAGAACGUAGAAGGGGCCCGCGCGGCCUUCGCUGUCGAGAAAGAGCAGAUCCCAUAUCCUCUCACCGACGAAACUCCGCUCAGGAAAGUGUAUGUUUGGGACGAUUCCACGGUGACGGCGCCCGGCGACAUACCGCAGAAGCGCGCGCUCAUCGCCGCCCCUGCUCAUCACCAUUCGAACUCUCCGGUCGGACGCUUCACUAUGUGCUAUCCUGCUUACGACCUGGAGUCGGAGUCUGUAUGCUGGGUGAAGGAGGCUUGGAGGUUGGACGAACCGGGGUUUGAGAAGGAGAGCGAGACGUAUGCGACGCUAGCUAAGCUCAACGGCAUGGGGCGCCAUAUACCGGAGAUCUUGUGUGCAGGAGACGUCCGCGACGAGAAGGGCGAGAUUCGGGUGACGCGGACACAGGACUAUCUGGGACAGCCGUGGGCCGCUCUCGCGGAGAACGUGCACCGCUACGUUCACUUCCGCAUCGUCUUCAAGACCAUCGGUCGGCCGCUCACGACGUUCAAGAACACUCGCGAACUCAUUCAGGUGCUCAAAGACGUGUUGGACGCUCACUACAUCGCGUACAAGUUUGGCAAGAUCUUACAUCGGGAUAUCUCGAUUGGGAACGUUCUCAUAGGGAAGGAUGGGCGUGGUCUACUUAUUGACUGGGACAUGUGUAAACGCACGGACGCCACAAAAUCCCCUCGCCGGCCUUGGAGGACUGGGACAUGGCAAUUCAUUUCCGUCGAGCUCCUCAUGAAGCCAAACGACACGACGCACCGGCUUCGCGACGAUCUCGAGUCCAUAUUCUGGCUCCUGCUCUAUGUGGUCUUGCGUUAUCAUUAUAGACUUCCAAGCUUGGACAGCGAUCGUGAGGAUCCCGGUGCUCAGAACGCACUUCCCACCAUCAACGAAGGCUUCGUUGACUCUCUCUACGAUGACGCUUCGUCUGAGAACGAUGACGACGACGAUUUCGAUCCUCCGGCUGCAGCGGGAUCGGGCUCACAUAUGGACUGGUCCCAGCUUCAAGCUUAUGUCCACUAUCUCUUCGACGACUCCACUGUACGAGGCAAGGCGGUCCCGACAGGCGGAGUUAGGAAAAGGGAUUUCAUAUGCGGAGGUCCCGACCGACCGGACCAUCCAAGCGACGCACAGAUUGGACGCGCCGUGGACGACGCCGGGCGACGGAUGCCGCCUCCUCUUGCGCAACUGGUUGCCAACCUUCGCCAACUCUUUAGACCGGUGUACAAAGAUAACGACGUGGCCUAUGCGCAAAACGCCUUCAAGAACUCCAAGCUCUUCGCAGCUUACUUCAACCAGGCCUUGCAGAGUGGAGGCUGGCUCGACGAUGACGCUGCGGAGCCUGACCACUUCGUCUUCAAGAGCCCGUCGCGCCAGCCUGAGAGCUCUCGUGUGCCGAAAAGGGAGCGGGAAGAGGAUGAGUACGACGACUGCGAGCCGGAGGCGCUCAAAGCCAGGUCUACCGGUGUUGCAGCGCUACUGCGCCGCUCAAAAAGGGUGGCGCUUUCUGUUGGUGAGGGCUCAGGGCCACGUAGUAGUCAUAUUCAAUCUGCACCUACGGCAUUAGGAUCGAACGGACUUCCGCGUUAA